ACAAAAUCUACGAGCGCAGGCGGCCAGAACAAGCAUCAGCAGUGUUACUAAACGACAACUAUGGCUCCAUACGAUAGCGAUUCGUCCGACGACGGCGACGACUAUUCGACCACCAAUGUUAUCCUCGGAUACGCCACGAGCGAAUCUACAGGCGACGAAAUCAGCCAUGUUGGCGGCUUUCCUACUUGGAUAGACCCGAAUCAACCUCCUCCUGCGGCGCUGGCACGAUGCAAAGUCUGCCAGGGAUACAUGUCCCUUCUCCUCCAACUCAACGCCGACCUGCAGCAGUAUUUUCCUCAGGACGAGCGCCGUUUACAUGUUUUCUGUUGCAGGAAGAAAGCAUGCUCGAAGAAGGUCGGCAGCAUUAGGGCACUUCGAGAAGUCAGGAAGCCUGAGCGACGGGAGAGUAAAGAAAAGCAAACGCCGCCAGAGACAAAUUCAGACAAGCCAAUGCCUGAUUUGGGGGCGGCUCUUUUUGGAGGGUCAGCUUCAUCUUCAGCCACCAACGGCGCCAAUCCGUUCUCCAUGUCCGGGUCGAGCGGUGCGCAAGCGGCCGCGAAUCCAUUUUCGUCCCUGGGUUCUCCUUCGACACUCGCGGCGAAGCCUCCGCAGCGGACUGUUGACGAGCCAGCGCCGCUUGCCCAGUCUUUCGCCGACAAACUCAAAAUCGGGGUCGAGCCAAAGCCCGCGUCUACAAGCGUCGAUGCCGAACCUUGGCCAGAACAGUCCGCAUUCCCUCCACCAUUCAAAUCAUUCUAUCUGGAUGCAUACCCUGAAGAGCUUGACAAAGAGCCCAUGGAACUCACAAAUGCGGAAGCUUCGAAAGCACAGUAUGAGAUGGACGACAGCGGCGGAGGGGCGGGUGCUUCUGAUAAGGACGACUUUGAAUCAUCCUUGGACGAAAGUUUCCAGAAGUUUUCGGAUCGAAUAGCCCAGAAUCCUGAGCAGGUCCUACGAUACGAGUUUAAAGGCGUGCCAUUGCUUUAUUCCGGUUCGGACGGCGUUGCUUCGAGAUUUGUGGUGCCCCACGGUAAAUCCGGGGCAGUAAGAGGGAUACCCAGGUGCGAGAGCUGUGGUGCUCAACGGGUCUUUGAGCUGCAGCUCGUGCCUGGCCUGAUCUACGAGUUAGAAAAGGACGAACCCAUGGAUUUGGAGGAUGGCAUGGAGUGGGGGACCGUUAUUGUCGGGACGUGUGCGAAUAACUGUGGUGAACCGGGCAAAGUAUCCUUCCGGGAGGAAUGGGUCGGGGUUCAGUGGGAAGAAAGAGUGGCAAGAAAAUGAAUUCGAAGUCAGCUUUGCAACGACGGUUAACACAACCUGGCUAUGGCGAACCUCUCACUUUCUGAAACUUACAGUGGUCCACCCACCAUCAGUUGCCAUGACCGUUGCGGCCACAUGAUUCCUCAAUCUGACUCAGAAGCAAGCGCCACGCACCCUGAUAUAUGUGCAACAUAGGUACCUUAGCCACGAACUCUUCGACGAUUUUUCAUGCUGGGUGUUACCACAUUUAGUCGAUCACCGCCGCUCUGUCUCCAUCACUGAGGUACUCAAGUCGUCCCGCGUAAGAAAGAAGAUUCCUUCGCCGCUGGACAGCUUAGAUACUAUACUGUAUACCUACAUACUAGCAUUCAAGUUUGUGGAAUGGAGUCGGAUCACGGGUAUACAUGGUUCUAGCUCCGCAAAGGAAACAUACCUUAUGGUCGACCCCAUGCACAGCAUCUUGAUGUCCGAGCUACACUACUAUCCGUACACAUUGAUAUCACCCACCAGAUAGGUGCCUAGGUGGUAAGUAAGUAUACACUGCACGUCAGCACUCUCCAGCCUCCCACAAACAUGAUCAAGUUCCAGUCCCACAAAGGCAAAUUCCGGCUCCCGGCUUACCCCAGCGCAGUGCACUCC